UCCGCCAUCUUGGACGGAACUGAGACGGCUUGGUUGUAUACUGAAAGAAAUUUUGUUUGAAAUAAGCAAAUCGAAGCCUCCAUGGAGGAAAAACGGAGCUCAAGCAGAUCAAAACGCCAGUCUAAGUCUGCCCCAGACGAAGGAUUCUGGGACUGCAGUGUUUGCACGUACAAAAACUCCCCCGAAGCCUAUAAGUGUGAAAUGUGCGAUGUCCGGAAAGGUACUUCUACCAGGAAGCCAAGGCUCAACUCCCAGCUGGUAGCACAGCAAGUGGCUCAACAGUUUGCACCCCCAGCUCCACCAAAGAAAGAAAAAUCUCAUAAUCCUGCUAAAAAAGAAAAACUUGGUUCUCAUUCUAAAGAUGGCAACAGACCCCCAAGGUUAAGGAACAUAGAUCGAAGUAGCGCCCAGCACAUCCCAGUCACCGUGAACAAUGUGACAGUCAUCAUCACGGAUUACCAGCCAAAAAUGAACGGACAUAUUUCUUCCUCUGAAAAUACAAAUCAUAGCUCGGACGCGAGUAGCGACACAAACUCUUCCAGCACAAGUCACGAUGCCAAUGAUGAAGACUCACCAACUGAAAAUGGCAACAACUGAUCUCAUUGGCUAUUGUUGGAAUGGAUCAGUGAUUUGAUUGGCUCAUGGCAGCUGAAGAUCGGUUCCUUUGGCUAAUGGUGAUGACCAAUGCUGUUUUUGAGAUCUUCAUUACUGGAUUGGUAUGGAAACUGAAAGUGUUAUGACAGUUCCUUGGCUGAAAGAGUUGACCAAUGAGUGCUUGCAAAUGGUGUUGAA